AUGGCAUCUUCCCCACAAGGCAUCCCCGACAUUUUCACCCUCGAUGAACGUAAACUUCAGACUUCCGAGAGCUCUGACAAGCAGGAGCUCUACUUGCUUCAAUGGCUAGCUCAUGUGGAACGCGAAUGCAAGACUAUCGAUUUGGACGUCUUGAAACGCGCACAGCCUCAGUUGGAGAAGACUUUACUCAAGCUCAUUUCACUUGCAACAGCAAAGCCGCGUCGUCCUAUUCGUUUCCUGAUCGGCCGUUGCUUUGUACUUCUCUAUACACGAGGCGAUACCAGGAUGCUUUUUGAUACCGUCACAGCGCUCCAUAGUCUGAUCAGUGCCAACAAGAACAUUGAAAAAGAAGCACGGAUAGCUGCGAUAUCGACUACCGGUGCUAUCAUGCUUGCAAGUGGAAAUAAGGUGCUUUCAUUGUUUGCCGAGACAGCCAACAUUCUUACCAAAGUUAUCAAGCAAAGCAAUAAUCCUCUCCUACUACGACUUGAAGCUGUCAAUGCAUUCACUAUGCUGCUUAAAGGUGCCGGCAAAGCUGCAACAGAGCCGAUCUUGAAAGAACUCGCCAAACAUUUGCGCAAUGGUUUAGUGGAUAAAGCAUUGGUGAUGCGAAUAGCAUGUGCACAGUGCAUGCAAGCUGUUAUUCAAAAUGCGCGACAAAGCUUUACAGCUCAUGACGUUGAAAAUAUGCUUCAGACAUUCCUCAAAGCCUUUGACAAUUCGACCUUUCCUGUUCGACGAGCCGUUUCAUCCUUGUGUGCCGCGUUACUUGCUUUUACUCAAACAACAGCAACUGUGGAUCCCAACAAACCCAACGUGAAGCAUGCAACUACGGGAGAAGAGAGCACAACACCAGCUACAGAUGUUCAACCCAACGUGACAACAUUGAUGAGCGUGGAUGAAAUGCUUGGUUUAUUGGCGACCAACUACAAUCGGGCCAAUGUAUCACGUGAAUUCAAGAUUGGCAUUAUUGAAACGUAUGCUACGCUAUUCGUGUUGCUUGGGACAGAGUUCGUGGAGGCCAACUAUGCCGUGAUUGCAAAGCACGUUUUACGGGAGCUGCUGGAUGGUACAAAGCAUAAUCUCGUUGCCGCUGAUGGAUCCUUUGCAAGAGCACAAGUCUUUUUCCUAUUGCAUAAUACGAUCGGCAAACGUCUUUUGAGUGAACAAGGCCAAGCCAUGGCAGUCAAAUUGCUGGUGUCUGAAUUCGUCAAGAGUUGGCCACCUUUGAUGAAGAACCAGGCUCCACCCAACAAGCAUGCAUUGAUUUGUGCCACUGAUUUGAUCUCUGCUUUAAUUUGUGAACUUGGAGGAGGAGCUAAUGCUGUCAAGGAUGUUGUUGCCGAUCCAGUUUUCACAUUGUUGACGCAUCCAAGCUUUUCCGUUCAAGCAUCAGCAGCUUGGUGUAUUCGUUGCGUGUGUCAUUCCAUACCUUCCAAUCUUCCUUAUCUACUUCCACGAGCAUUGAAUCUAUUGGAGAAAGACUUGUCCAACUUGUCUAAUCCAACGGCUACAAGUGAUCUCUUUAAGCGUACUUUGGCGUAUGCGUACACUGCAGGCGCUAUCCUUAGCGUCUUCCCUGAUCGGCCGAUUUAUACCUCCUUUGAACUCAGCGCACGGGCCAUGUCACUUGCAACACAGCUUCUCAAGAAUCCCAGCAAGACUCAACAAGUAGCCAGUGUACAAAUCCAAGUAGCAUGGAUCCUUGUGGGUGCACUCAUGUGUCUUGGGCCAAACUUGGUCAAGUUGCAUUUACCACAGUUACUGUUGCUAUGGAAGAACGCCUUACCCAAGCCUACUGGCAAGGAAGCCAAUGCCAUUCGUGCCGAACCUGAAUGGUCGUUCCUUUUCCACACACGUGAAUGUGCCAUCAGCUCUAUUUACAGCUUCCUUGUACAUAACAGCAACACGCUUGUUACACUCGACAUUGCAAAACGUGUGGCUGCACUACUCAACAAUACCCUGGCUUUUCUUGCAACAGCACCUAGUACAUUCUCGCCAUCCACCUUGUCACCAUGUUCACCAUACCAGAUCAAAUUGACCGAUCAAUAUUAUGCACUACGACGACGUAUUUUUCAAUCCUUUGUCACUAUUCGACCCUUGUUAUCCACUUAUGAAUCAUCAUUGACAAGCUUAUUACGCAACUCGGUGAAUGUGUUUAUUGAACCUGACAAGAUCACACCAUCCUCAGGAGCACAUGCCCAAGUGACAGCGAGUGUGCCUGGUCAAUUUGUGAGUGUAUGGAGUUCUGCGGAUGGACAUGGUUAUGGUGUUACGAGCAAGAUGCAAGGAUAUCGAAUUGAUGUGGCUACGUCAGCGAGUAUGGAUGAUAUUGCUGAAGGCAAUCGUAGCAAAGAAUGGGUCACCAAAGAUCGAUUUCAGCGGAUUGAGGAAUUACUUGAACGACCUAUUAUCGGAUCAGCUGAGCUUGAUCCAAUUUACAUUUAUACGACAUUUGCCACUGAGGAGCAGCACAAGAUGAUGGUCCCACAUCCUGUUGCACCAUCGACUGGCUAUAUCGACAGCAGCGUGGAGCUAUUUGCAACCAUAUUUCCAAGCCAACCACCUCCCGUACAAGAAUCUACUUUUGAGCAUAUUGCAAGUGUGGUCAAGGAUGCACGUGUGGAAAAGAAUUCACCCAAGCGUGCAGCAGUGCUUGUGAAUGUCACGGUGGCUCUUUUGGGGGCAUUCAAGAAUAUGAUGUCAAAGAAGAAAAAAGCAACAACAUGCGAGAUUCCAAGUGGACGAGCGACACAAUUAGUACAAGAAAUCUUGAUGGAGGCUAUAUCACAUCCUGAUCCCUAUCUACGCAACGCUGCAAGUGAAACCAUUGGACGAUUAACGGCUAUUGUUGGUGGAUCAUUUGUGGCAGCACAAAUGCAACAGCUGGUGGAUUUGGUGGUGAGCAAUCGUGAUCCAAAUGUUCGUGCUGGUUGUGCAUUGGCCAUUGGAUACAUUUAUACACACGUUGGUGGUAUGGCUGCUGCACCCCAUCUCAAGACACUGUUUGGCAUCCUCGUAUCACUCAGCAGUGACCCACAUCCUGUGGUACAUGCAUGGGCACUUGAAGCUAUCACAAUGACAAUCAGUGCAGCGGGUCUUAUGUUUUCAAGCUAUGUCAACAGCGCACUUGGCAUGGUGGCCAAGCUUUAUUUGAGUGAAACACAUGAGCCUGGUAGUGGAUCAGUUGCAGUAUCGAACGCAGGAAUGAGUGUUGGUUUCUCCGCUUAUCAAGAAUUUGGUCGUAUCAUUUAUGAGUUGAUUGGCACACUUGGACCUGAAUUGCAAGCAUCCACAAAGAUACGUGAAUUGUGCCUGAACAUGGUCGAGGAACUCAAAUUGGAACCUGACGAACGUGUGAAUGUUGAAGCCAUUCGAUGUAUUCAGCACUUUCUCAUGUUUGCCCCUCAAUAUCUCGAUACACAAGAGCUUGUGCCAUAUUUACAAAACCAAAUUGCCAGUCUCCAUUUGCCAUUGAAGAAGGCUGCAGUGACAUGUUUAUAUCAACUUGUUCAACGUGAUGCUGAACUUGUAUUUAAAGCAGCACAACCUGGUCUCGAUACCGAAUUGUUCAAGAUGCUCGAUACGGAUCCCGGAUUAUCCGAUGUCAAGAAUGUGAUUCGAAGUUGGUUAAAGGAGACGGCUAUCAAUGAGCCUUCCGUAUGGGUCAAUAUCACCAAACGCAUCAUGUCAGGAACCAACAAAUUGGAUGCUGCUGCAACAGCCACAUCUGCAAAGAAAGAAGCUGCAGCAAAUGAUGGCAUGCGAGGAAGCUUUGAUGGUCCUGGUACUAUGGAUGAAGAUGACGAAGAUAUGUACGAUGAUGAAGGAGCUGGUUUUGGUGAUGACGAUGAUCAUGUGGAUAUCACAACAACAGUGGCGGAUGCAUCUGGAAUGACUUCACGGCUUUCCGUCAACGUGGAAAUUCCUCCAAGAUGGCGUACUCAGCUUUUCGCUUUACAAUGUCUUCAGCGCACUAUUGAAAUGGUCUCAUCCAGCGGGAUUCGAGAGCACUUUGAUUUGAUUUAUGCUCGUGCACGAAGACAGCAAGCUGGCUUUGGUGAUUACCUUGUAUUCCGUGUACCUGAUUUGAUCAAGCUGUCAUUUACAGCUGCCACAGCACACGUUGAUGAGCUUCGCUUAGCAGGUAUCUCUCUCCUUCGAAUGGUUAUUGAGAAAUUUGCUGCAAGCAAAGAUCCUGAUUUGGAAGGCACACUACUCCUGGAGCAAUACGCUGCACAAAUAGGUGCUGCUUUGACGCCGGCAUUUGGAGCUGAUUCAUCCUCGGAGAUCGUGUCAGCUGCUGUACGAGUGUGCGCUAUUUAUGUUGGCAGUGGCAUUGUCAAGGAUCUCUAUCAGCUGGGAAGAGUGCUCAAGCUUCUCACUUCUUCUUUGGACAAAGUCAAGAGCGAUAGCGAGUUGACAGGUGUUGGUGAAGUGAAGGAUUUGAGUCCACACGCUUCGGUCAUGGUCAAAUUGGCAGUAUUGAACGCAUGGGCCGAGUUGCAAGUAUCAAGCCAGCGCCAAGAUUACCUUCGACAGAUUUUGCAACCUAAUCUAUCGGCGCUAAGUCCAUUGUGGCUCCGAUCAUUGCAAGAUUAUGCACGCAUUCGAUUGGAAUCUGAUAUUGUGGCAUUGACCAACAGCACUGAGGGUAUUCAAACAUCCACUCCUGGAGGGAUUGAUUCAAUGUAUUCUGCUGCCACUAAGCAAGUGGUUCUUCCUUAUUAUCGUCGCUCGUGGUUGAAGAUCAUGGAAGCAGUUGCAAGUUUGAUUGAGAGUCAAGCGCCUUCGAUGCUUGAUGCCUUGUCCAAUAAUCCUGAUGCCGAGCAAUUGGAUCCAGAGAAACCAUCCAACCUUUUUUGCAUUCUUUUUGGCUUGUGCAUUGAAAGCUUAUCGCGUAUCUCAAGUUCCAGCAGUGGUCGUUCAGACGUAUCCACCAUGACUAUUUGCCUGAAAGCCCUCAAGACUUUUGUACAACCUUCAUUGGCAGGCGAGAAGUUUUUACCAAAGUCGAUCUUUUUGGAAUUGAUGAAUGUGUUUGAUCGAUUGAUCCAAACCGAAGGAUAUCGUGUGCAGCUCAUUAUUAUCGAGAUUAUUCAACGACUCACCAAGAACUAUGGAGCCAGCUACAUUUGUGACGACCUUGACGACGAAUGUGAUAUCGAUCGUACGCUUGAGCCUGGAGCAUUUCCCUCGACAGCCAAAUUGUAUUAUGUACUACGAUUGUUGAUCAACGUGUUUUUGCAAAGUGUACCUUCUUUAUCAAGCAAGCGUGCAUCUAUACGUUCAGAAGGCAAAGACAUCGAACAUGUAGCAGCCGUGCUUGGACCAUGCCUGGAUGAACUCAGCAUGCUGAUUGGUAUAGCACCCUCGAGUUAUAAGAUUGAUCUUUUGGCCAUGAGCUUUUACAUUUUCACAGCUAUGCUGGAAGACGACAAAUUCCAAUCUUUGCUUGCACCACGCGUUCUUGUAGCACUCAAGUCUAUGCUUUUGACUCUGGAAUCAUCAUUGGAUACAGCCGAAACACAUUCGCUCGCACGUGUAACGUGUGCUAUGCUUCAUUCUUUACUUGAUGGUCUUUUUGAAAGCGAGGUCAACAAUGAAGCCAAAAUCAAAAACAAGUUGCUUGCAUCCGUUUUGAUUAUCACAAGUUGCCCUGAAGCCAAUAUGCAUGAUACCGAUGGUCGACAAGUAUUUACCAAGGCGAUGCAAAGAGCACUUUUAUGCGACAAGCAGGAUACCACGAUGACGGCUCAUCAGUGUAUGCGGAUGCUGAUUAUGCUACCAGAAAAGAAAUCCGAUUCACCCUCAUCCGUUGCUCUUGGACGACUUUUGUUGAAUGCUUUGAUUCCCACUGUGGUUGAGCAUCUUCUCUCUUAUGCCAAAUUAUCCGCCAUGGAGCCAUCAAGAACGGAUGAAACGCUACCUUUGUUAGAAGAAGAUAUCAAGACCCUUACAGCACUCGUUUCUUCUGCGACGGUGGAUGAAGACAAGACAGCCUUGUUGAGCAUUGUACUCUCAUCUUUUGCCAGCUUAUUGGAUCCAACCAAUGAAACCACCAUUCAUCGCCUCACUAUGACCCAUAUUCUUACACUGGCUACCAACAUACCACAAGUGUUCCGUGACACAGUAUCCCAAUUACCUGAGAAUGCACGGACCACCUUGGAAACUUCGGUGCGGCAAAGCGUACUUGCAGGUCAACAGCAACGUCAACAACAACUACGACAGCAAGAACUUCAACGCAAUGCACAUGAAGAUGCACGACAACCUACCAUCCAACUAAAGAUGGACUUUAGCAACUUUACUUGA